UAUAAUAAUUCAAAUAUUGUGUGGGGUUGGGGGAGGGCGCCCUACCGCUCUGCAUAGCUCUCCAUCUCCCAAGAAGUUGUAUCAGUAUCACAGUUCAUAGAUUGCAUCAUGAUUAUUGAUUUGAAUGCCAACAACAUUGGAUAGAGCUGUUAACCCACUUCUGAGUUCUGCAUCACAACUGUUUGUUAAAAUGUCUCAGAGGAACAACACGGCCAAGGCCACUGUUAUUAGGGUCAGCAACAGAAAAAGGAAACAAACUUUGGUGGAAGAACACCUUCAACUACAAGACAUAGAGGAUUCAGCACCUUCUUCUUGCUCCUCCUCAUUCACCAAAGAUGAGAUUCACAAACUGAGGCUAGCCUUGUUGGAAUGGUAUGACAACAACCACAGGGAUCUUCCAUGGAGAACUUUCAAGAAUGCUUCCAAUGGCAAUGAUGAUGAAGAAGAAGAAGAUGAAGAGGUGCAAAGGAGGGCUUAUGGUGUGUGGGUUUCUGAGGUGAUGCUUCAACAAACAAGGGUUCAGACUGUUAUUGCUUAUUACAACCGUUGGAUGAAGAAAUGGCCCACUAUUCAUCAUCUAGCUCAAGCUUCUCUUGAGGAAGUAAAUGAAAUGUGGGCAGGUUUGGGCUACUAUCGAAGAGCUCGUUUUCUUUUUGAGGGUGCGAAGAAAAUCGUUGCAGAAGGAGGAAGGAUUCCUAAAAUGGCUUCCAUGCUACAAAAAAUUCCUGGAAUUGGGGAGUAUACAGCCGGAGCAAUUGCCUCUAUAGCAUUCAACGAGGCAGUACCUGUUGUUGAUGGGAACGUGGUAAGGGUGAUUGCUAGAUUAAGGGCCAUUUCUGCUAAUCCAAAAGAUUCAGCAACUGUUAGGAGAUUUUGGAAAGUAGCAGCUCAGUUGGUCGAUCCUCUUCGGCCAGGGGACCUCAAUCAAUCCCUGAUGGAACUUGGGGCAACCGUGUGCACGCCUUUGAAUCCAAGCUGCUCAUCAUGUCCAGUAUCAGAAUUUUGUAAAGCACUGUCAAUUUCUAAAGAAGAUACUUCCGUAGUGGUAACAGAUUAUCCUGUAAAGGGCACGAAGGUUAAACAAAGAUGCGACUUUAGUGCUGUAUGUGUUGUUGAGUUACUUGGAGCUGAUACAAUCUCAGACGAAAAACAGUCGACAAGCAAAUUUAUUCUUGUAAAAAGGCCUGAUGAAGGAUUGCUUGCCGGUCUCUGGGAGUUUCCAUCUGCCUCUUUGGAUGGCGAAACUGCUUCAUUGGCUAGAAGAGAGGCAACGAAUUCCUUCUUGAAAAAUGUUCUCAAAAUUGACACCAAAAGCAAAAGGACUUGCAAUAUUGUUUUGAGGGAAGAUGUUGGGGAAUUUGUUCACAUUUUCAGUCACAUUCGCCUCAAGUUGUAUGUCGAAUUACUAGUGUUGCAAUUGAAAGGGAAAGUAGAAGAUUUGUUGAGUAGCCAUGGAAAUGAAACUACAAAUUGGAAAUGCGUUGACGGCAAUUCGCUUUCAAGUAUGGGACUAACAACCAGUGUAAGAAAGGUAUACAACUUGGUUCAAAAGUUCAAGCAGAAAAGUUUUCCUUCCCAUGUGCCUGCUAAAAAGAGAAGUAGAACAACCAGAAGAAACAUAGUCUAGUACAAGGUUGGGAGCAUGGUUCAAACUUGCUACCUUGUGCUUACCUAAAUUAAAUAUAACAACACUGAAAUAUUUUUCUCUUGUAUUUUUAGAGUUCAUUGCUAAGGUGCUUUCUUUACUUUGUAACUUAUGUUCAGCAAAGAAUCAAGAGGACAAACCUAUAUGACAUAAUUUAUGUAUUCUAUACCUCUACCAAA